AUGAAAAUUGCACUGGGCGUUGUAUGUGUCGUGCUUUGUACUAUUUACGUGGUACAAGCUCGCAAAAUACCGGCACCAACGCACGAAACUACAACAGCUAGUGCACCGGCGAAGAAAAAUUGGUUAAACAAAGUGAAGACCGUUUUUGAGCAGAGAAUUAAGAAGAUCGCUACAACGACAACUACCACAACUACGACUACAACGAAGAAACCGACCAAAACUACUAAGCCAAAACCUACAAAGAAAACCACUACGAUGAAGACAACGAUUCCUCCAAAGACCACUACUACGAAGCCUACGAUACCUAUCAAAACUACCGUUAAACCAUCGACGAGUGUUGUGGUGACUACACCGCGUCUUACAACAACAACUACUACAACUACGAUGAUACCUGUUACUACAACAGCUAUUAGAACAACUGUCACUCCAACCACAACACGUAUUAUUGAGCCAACCACUACUAAACCCGCUACUACUACGAGUGUUUCAACAACAAAGGCACCUACAACAACAACUACUACUCUACCUAUAAGCACAACAACUACACCAGCUACAACCACAACAACUACACUUCCUAGUACAACAACUACACCAGCUACAACUACUAAGACGAGUACUACUACCAUGCCUAGUACAACCACAACGACAACCACUACUCUGCCUACCACUACAACAACUACUACCUUGCCUACUACCACCACGACGACAACUACUACUCUGCCUACCACUACAACAACCACUACCCUUCCUACUACCACAGCUACUUUGCCAACUACUACUACCACUCCUACUACAACAACUACUACUACUACUCCCAUUCCUACAACAAGUACCACUACCCCAACAACAACUUCUACUACUGUCCUUACAACUACUACCACUAAGGCUACGACUACUCCUACAACAUCGAUACCUAUCACUACGACUACAGCUCCAACUACAACAACGGCGGCAACAACAACACCGUCUACCACUAAGAUCACUACAACGCCUACUUCAACGACAACCACUAUUUUGAUGACAACAACAACUAAAACUACACCUACUAGCACAACUUCAGCGACGGUGAAAACAACAGUUCCAAUAGUUGUCUUCCCAACGCUCAAACCAGGAAAUGGAAAUGGAAAUGGAAACGACAAAGGAAACGGAAAUGGCAAGCCGGGUGGACGAGGUUGGUAG